UAUCUGGAUGUCUUGAAUAGCACUUUGUUUUUGUUUAUCCUUUGUUCAUCCUACUUACCUCAUCCUUUCCACUUUUGAUCAUACUGCGACCUAGACAAGAAUGAGAAAGGAAUCAAGGAUUUUUCUUUCAUCCAAUUUACUUACCGUGGAUAUUUGCGAUGCACUGUCUAAGAUUUGAAUGAUAAGCUUGAUAAACAAAUUGUAUAAUAAAACUUUGAGAGUAAAAAAACAACUACAAAUAAGUAUAGAUCUUAUUAUAUAAAACAAAAAUUUCUUAAGAAAAAGCGUUAAGAAAAACUGAAAAAUAUGAUUUUAGAAGUGCUGAACGAUUAUUGUUUGAUACAUAUUUUUCAAUUUUUAUCAAUUUUUGACAGAGUCCGUACAGAAGUAGUAUGUAAACGUUGGAGAAGAUUAAGUCAAGACUCAUGGUGUAAAAUGACAAGAUUAGACAUGUCGCACUUAACAUGGGGUUGCUCAACGUAUAUGAUCAAUACAGUUAUGCUGCGGAAAGUGUUAUUAAAAUGUGGCAGAUUCUUAAAAGAAUUACAUGUGCCCAAUAUACGUGAAACUAAUACUACUAAUUUUAAUACAACAGUAUUAUUUAUAAUCUCGCAACAUUGUCCUAAUCUUACGAGUAUUGAUGUUUCUGAAAUAAUAAUUAGUGUAAAGGAUCUAGAAUUAUUACUGAAAAUACAUAAAAACAUAACUAAACUUACUGUAGGAAUGUUAAAAAAUUUAGAUUAUGGACUGAAUUUUUUCCAAGAAUGUUUAGAGCUAAAUUAUUUCGAGGUAUGUUCAGAUAUUUGCUUCUCGGGCGCAUAUUUAUCGUGUUUGCCGGCCCAGACAAUACGCACACUUAUAAUAAAGCGUUGCUCUAGAAUUGACGAUACUGAAUUUUCUAUGGGAUUGGCAAAGUUAAAAAAUUUGGAACAUCUUGAAAUAUGGAUUUCCCGAAUUGAUAAAAAAGUAAUGGAAGUUAUCAGUAAUUGCUGUACAAACCUGAAAGAGUUACAAAUUCACGAACUUAUUACAAAUUGCUAUGGAUUUGAACAAUAUGCGGAUAAGUUAGAAUUUAUUAACCUUGUUAAUCUGCAAGUGUUAAAAAUUACACACUUCCCAUUGUCAGAGAAACAUUUAAUUGAUAUAGCAACAAAUUGUUUGCAAAUUACUUAUUUAGACAUUUCUGGUAGCUUCUAUGUGAAUAAUGCUGCAUUAAUAGCUGCUACAGCAUUACCAAAACUGGAAUAUUUAUACAUUAGUUAUUUGCCUAACAUAACUAGUUAUGGCUUGGAAAACAUAAAGAACUUAAAAGGAUUAGUAUGUCGUGGAUGUCCAGCCAUAACUGAUAGUGGGAUAUAUAAAGUUCUUGUAUCCUCACCUAGAUUACGAUUACUGGAUAUUUCCUAUUGUCCUCAGGUUACGAAUAGCACUUACAAGUUUGCUAAAAUGAUUUGCAAUAGUCGACCUACUAAGACGAUAUUAAAAAUGUAUAUUUAUGGAACGCAAAUUUUAGCAGAUAAACAUACAUUUUUACUUAGAUUAUUUGUUCAAGUAGCGUGUAUAUGGCACGAGUAAAGUGUGGUGCUAUUUGCAAAGGCAGUACCAGCGCAAUGUUUCUAGCUGAACUCGAGAAGUUAUUAUAGUAAAUACUUAUUAUAAGUUAUUAUUCGUACAGUUGAGUGCAAUGAAAUGUGUGUGUGGAUCCGAUGCCAGUUUAAACAGAACAGCGCAGUCAACUUCUUUACGGACAACGUGUAUUUCAUCAGAUCCGGAAAUAUAGAAACUGAAAGUAUCA